AUGGCAUCGAUCGUCCCAUUUUUGUCUUCCAGCAGGCACCGGCCCGUGAGGCACGUCUUUUCCAGAAAUAACGCGCCCGCUGCGAAGAGCAUCGCCGCGUUCUUCACCGCCGUGCAGACGGGCGCGCGGAAGCUGCUGUCGAUAAGGGCGGCGGAGGGGUGGGAAUCGGCACAGAUGAAGGAGUUGGCGACGUCGCAAUCGGCGUGGCUGGUGCAGGUGCCGCCUGCUGCUAUUUUGCCCCCGGCGGGGGCAGUGGGCGGGUUGUUGGGGUUUUGGCUAGAAGAAGAUGGUGGGGAGUCGGACGAGCAGAUUUCGUUGCCGGCCGCGUCGGUCACGCAGUGGUACCUGAUUGCGAGGGCGGAGGGAAAGCGCGCGCGAGGACCCCAGACGUGGAUGGUUAGGGGAUAUUGUUCGUGGUGGCCGGCCCAGCUGCCCUCGCCUUUGUGGUAUUGUUAG